AGAAAGUAGAGGCCGAAGGGGCUGCUUGCCAUGUAAAUUGAUAUAUACAACCUUGCUUCCUGAUUCCUUUCAGUUUAGAGGUUGAUUCAGCCUUCUAUCCUUCCAAGGUCAAUAAAAUGAGGACCCAGAUUGUUGGGGACAAGAGAUUGACUCUGUAAACCGCUUAGAGGGGGAUGUAAAGCAUUGUGAAGCGGUAUAUAAGUCUAAGUGCUAUUGCUAUUAGAACAGUUUGAGCUAAAGAUAUCUCUUUGGAUCCUUCUUCCAGUCUGGGGUUCCCCUGGCAAUUCCUUGUAUUCCUUUAGUUGCUUUAGUUAGAGAGAGGAUCUCCACCUCUUCCCCAUUUAUUUCCUUGGUGUCGCUGCUAUUUUGGUUACCUCAAAGAAUUCUGUCUCUGGCAAAAGACAGUUAUUUGUUGGUUGGGAUACCUCCGGAAGCAGAGCUUUGACUCCACUUUGGUUGCCUCCUCCUCAGCCCAAAAUGGCCGUUCCUGUCAUUGUCCUCCAUGUUCAUCCAUGAUGCCCUUGAGGAAUCUUCUGAAACUUCAGCUGGUGUAAAAUACAGAGCUGAGUUUGGGAUGGUUUGUGUCAGCUAUGCCCCAUCUGAAGCCCCCUGACUCUGUUGGUACAAUUGUUUCCAGAAUUCUCUAGGCUGGAAGUUCUAACAGUUGCUGUCCCAACACAACGGAGGCUACCAGACGGGGAAGGCUAGACUGGGCAUCGUCCCAUCGCCUUCCAGACUCCCGGCCCUCAGAAUGAUAUGGCUUCCUGCAUGUAGCCAAAGCAGCCGCAUCAUCCUAGCUCCUGCAGGAUGAGUUCAUAAAACGGCAAUUUGUUAUUUCCUAUUCUCCAGUUGCUUGGCUUUGGGUUUUUUGGGGAAGGGACUUCCUUACCCAGAGGUUAAGCCAAGAAAGCUCUCACCCCAAACGAAUCCAAACAAUGGCAGGAUAUUGAAAGAAAAAAAGGUACAAAAAAAGUCCUAAAGGCAUUUGUGUGCCUGCCUGACUGCUGGAUGAAUCCAUCCCCCAGGAAGAAAAAUCCUGGCCCCUCUUCUUCACCUGGCAUAUGCCCAGAGGGCUUUAAAUCCAGAGCAAGAGAGCCGAGAAUCUAUUGCCCUCACCAUCUGUGAACUGCUCCUCUGGCAUGAAAUUGGUUUUGCCAUCUGCUCUUCACUGUCACUCACUGUCACUGGUUUGAGAUGGGCGGCUAGGCAAACGGAGUACAAACAUCAAUAACAUGCAAGGGAACGUUAUAUAAAAAUCAGUCUGUCUCCCAUACUCUCACCCAAUGUGACCAAAUAGCCAUAUUUUAAACCCAUUAUUUUAACCCGUGGACGGUCCAACGCAACUUUGAACGCAGGCAUCCACGCACAGCCGAACUGUAGCAACCGAUCAGUUAAAAGGGCGGGAAAUCUCAACAUUCUUCCUAGAUUUUUUGACUGCUUGGGAUCCAGUCUUUUUUGCUCUGGGUGAUCCCUGCUACCCCAACGAGGUAGGCACAGAAAUAAGCAACCUACUUUGACAGCCCUCUGCUCCUCCAGGGCCAACAUUUUGUUCUGUAGGCUCCCUCCUUGGAGGAAACACGAUGUUUGGGAUUAGACCACCUUUUGAUCUGAAGUAGCCAUGGUGCUACCUAAUUGUAGGAGCAACAUAGAAUUGCAGCUUGAUGACAAUCUUUACGUCUACAAGAACAGCGGAGAGGAGCCACUGAAGUACGAUGAAUCCAGGGUCCGCAGGAAUUCCAUUCCCCCAGCUAAGAUCCCCACUGCAAAGUACAUAUUGGCUUCUCUUCCACGGCCUCCCACAGAAACAGAUAGCCAUGGGGCCUCUUCUCCGAAGCCUGAAAUGACACCUUUAGACAUGAGCCAGCAGCCAGCAGCGACCGUGAGCGCCGACAGAAGUGCUCUCUCUUGCAACUAUCACCCUGUACCUUGCAGUUCGCAUGUGUCCAACGUCAGGUCCGUCCUUCUGCAGAAAAGACUCAGCAUGGUGGAACAGGCCAGCUUCAGCGCAGCUGGGCCUCCCAAACACCAGCCUCCUUUCUCCAACAGCACAGACAAGUUGCCUAAGUAUUGCUGGCCCUCCCGGACCGACCCCCUGCCCCCUUCUCUCUUGCGGGAGUUCAACGCUCAGCUCUGCCCUCAGCAUGCUUUUAGCGUGCCCAACAUCAUCAGCUCUUCCCGGAGCAAGACCCUCACCCGCAGCGUCAUAUCGAUGCCCACCUCGGAGAAAGCACAGAGCAAACUCUGCAAACUCAUUGACGACGACCGGCAGUUCGUGGGGAGAAAUAAGCAGCAAAGGCAGCGCUACGUGACCAAAGUCGGGAAGUGCAAGGUCAGCUUAGGCAACAUUCAGGAGAAGAAAAGAUUCCUCUCUGACAUUUUUACCACCAUUGUGGAUCUCAAGUAUCGCUGGUUCCUCUUCAUCUUCAGCAUGUGUUACAUCAUUACCUGGGUGGUCUUCGGCAUCACGUAUUACCUGGAUGCCUGGAUACGAGACGACAUCAACCACAUUGGGGAUGUUGAAUGGAAGGCUUGCAUCGAGAACAUCGAUAACUUCAUCUCAGCCUUGCUGUUCUCGGUGGAAAGUCAACGCACAAUUGGCUACGGCUCCCGCAUUGUGACAGCCAACUGUUCUGAGGGAGUCCUCUUACUGAUGGCCCAAUCCAUCAUUGGCUCCAUGAUAGAUGCCCUCAUGGUGGGAUGCAUGUUUGUCAAGAUCUCCAGACCCAAAAAGCGUGCCCAGACCUUAAUCUUCAGCAAGAAGUGUGUGAUCUCCAGCCGGGAUGAGAAGCUUUGUCUCAUGUUCCGCAUCGGAGACCUUCGAGAUAGUCACAUGGUGGACGCAAAAAUAAGAGGCAAACUCAUUAAAUCCAGGCAAACCAAGGAAGGAGAGUUCAUCCCGCUCGACCAAUCAGAACUGAAUCUGGGCUAUGGCACUGGGGAGGACCGUCUCUUCCUGGUGGAACCCCAGAUAAUUUGUCACAUCAUCAACGAGGUCAGCCCUUUCUGGGAGAUGUCUGCAGAGGCGCUGAAGAGGGAGCAGUUUGAAAUCAUCAUAAUCCUCGAAGGCAUUGUGGAAGCCACAGGAAUGACAUGUCAAGCCAGGACAUCGUACAUCGAGAAUGAAAUUCUCUGGGGCCAUCGCUUUGAGCCCUGCAUGACCCUGGAAAAAGGUGUCUUCCACGUAGAUUACACCAAAUUUGAGAAGACUUUUGAGGUGCAGACGCCGCUGCUGAGCGCACGUGAGAUCUACAAUGUGAAGGAGAUGGAGAAUCAGGAGCAAUCAACAUUGAACUUCUACUGGGAUCAUCUGGCCCAGCCUUGUGGUUCAGUAGAGCCCAACCAUGAAGCCCAACGAGGGGGCUGUCCCAACGAGAAAAGCUGCUCCAACUUCACGGAGAAGAGGAGCAAUGAAUACUGGAACCAUAGUACCAGACUCUAAGCAUUUUGAAUCAGCUUUUCUUAGCUUCUGUGAACCAACAAGGAGGAAAGGAAACAGCUGCGCAUCGCUUCCUCGUAGCGUGGUUGUGUUGCAAUCCAGGGCGGAAUCAAAUGUAAAGCAGAGCAUUGUCUUGUUUGGAUACCAUUUGGGAUCCAGAUCAAAAACUCCUGACUAAAGCAGUCAUGACUUUGGAUUAGUCCUCCAAUCACCACCCUUCCCACUCAGAGCUGGAAACAUUCCAGAAUCCAUGUUGCACUCCCAGGGGAUUGUCUAGGAAUUGUGGUUUCUGCAAGCAGAGAUCGCACGUGGAACCUGUUGCACUUUAAAAACAAAAAAGGUUGAACUACUUUUGUAGGCAUGCCUGUCCUUGUCCAAAGUGGUGGAACUAGUCCACAGUUAUUUGAAACGUGUUUAUUUGUUUUGCCACAGGGAAAACCGGGACUUAACUUGUAUCGUGUUCUGCAGGCCACUCGGUCCUUUUUGCUGUGCCCCACACCUUGCAGGUAUCUGUGCUGCAGCAUCCUAAGCCACUGGCCUGGCCACGGCAAUGAAUGUGUUUCAUCUUUUAUGGUGCCAUAGGAGCUCACGGUGGGUGUUGCCCCCAACCCCUUUCUCCACCGGCCCACCUGGGCCUCUUACCUUUGGUUUUUUUUUUUUUUGCCGAACUGAUGCCUUUGGUUCCGAACUCCCCUUCUGUACCUGUUGCAGGGUCCAUGUUAUUAUUGUAAGCAAGUUUUUCUUUUGUCCGGAGGGGAAGGAAGGACCCUGGAAAGCAAUAAAGUUCCUUCUCGCAGAGCA